AUGCUCGCGCUUCGUUCGGCUCCAAAAUCUUCCAACUCCAAGGAGGCAUUGACAGGGAACUGUACCCCCAAUAUACUCCCAUGUCGCAUUCACUACGACGGACCCAUUGACACCUCCAAGCGUCACUGGCAUGCUAUCAAUGAUGAGAAGGAGGACAAACAGACUGCUUACUUUCGUGGCCGCAAAUUGCAAGGUCGGACGGUACAGCUGCCGGAGGCCUAUCAAGGAGUAGUCGCAUUUCCAACGGAUCGUAUGGUUCCAGCGGCCAACAGAGAGGGCGCCGUGCCCGAAGAACCCGUUAAAAUUCUCGAAUCUCAGGCUACGUUUGAUCAAUUUGUUGUUUGGGGCCAUGAGAAUCUGCCUGCCGCCGAUGAUACGUUUGUGAAAGGGGUGAAUGAAUGGAUAAAACUUGCAGAAGCAAUGCAUGGGGACUCUCGGGAACCGGAGACGAUCACGCAAUGA